UUAUACAAUGUCGCUGACCACAUUCUAUCUUCGGUUUUACCUUCGACUUCGUAGAUGCAACGACACAAACUGGUCACAUUCUAUGGAAAAAGUAAAUACUGGGAGUAUUUACAGCAUAGCUUGGUCUAGCGAUAGUACGCAAGUAGCUAUGGCAUGCAGUAAUGGAAAACUUUUAACUGGACAUAUCAUAGAUAGUUUUUCUUUUGACGGUGAGUUCUACGAACAGAUCUUCGGUAGAGUCCUAGAUAAUAGAGAAGCGACAUUGAAAUCGAUAGGUGCGAUAUAUCGAUAAAGCCGCCAUUUUGUUUCUCCAUAUGGAAUAGGAAAGUGCGUAUAAGAAACUGUCGAUUUUAGAAACGGUGUGCUUGUCGUAAAUAUAUUACAGCGUAAUGAAACCUACAUAUAUCCCAUAUCUCUUCUAAAGUAUUCUGAACAUUAUUUACACAACACAAUAAACCUAUGUAUGAUUUUAAUAAUCGUAAAUAUAUGUAUAAUUAUAUUGUGCUAUUUUAGAAAUUCUUUUGUGUAUCCAUAAUUUUACAAAAUAUAAGAUUUAUUUUUAUAGGAAUGAAAAUGGCUAUGGGGAAAGUUGCAACUAAAUGAACAUAUAUAGAAAAAUUACAUCUCUGUUAUUCUCAGUCUAUUUGAUUAUUAAUUACUGAAA